AUGGAUUCAAAGCAAGUGGAAGAGAGUGAUGGGUUAGUAGAGAGUAGAGAGUGUGUCGAGACUGCGACCACUGGUGUAAAACAUGGCACUUCCAGCAAUAUUCGACAUGUUCAUCAUCCACAUCCUUAUUACACUCAACCACCACGACCUUUACACCAACAUGCAUCCAAGGCUAUGAAAAGCACCAUCGCCUCGGGUAGCAGUAGUAAUGGUUAUUCCAGUGGAGAAAAUGGACAUCCUCAUCAGCAUUUGACUCCUCAACGAAGGCUUGUUCGGAAGGUUUUCAAUCGUAGCGCGAGCAUGGCUUCACCGUUUUUAAACCACGAUAAUAAUAUAGACAAUCCUACUCAUGCUAGUAGUAAUAAUAGUAAUCGAAGACAAGCUGCUCUGUACCAUAAACACAAAUCACAGCAACUUCUUAUGGAUCUUCAAAGAGAACAUAUACCCGCUGCUUCUGCCUAUAGCACUCGCGUCAAUCGAAAUAACGCUACACCACACAGUACGCUUAAACAUCGUCAUUCAUUCACCAUUCCGGCUUCUGUAGAACUCAGGCGUAUGGAUUCUCGGCAUCAAUCAUCUGCUAAUAUUCCUGCUUCAAUAACUGAAUCUAGUUCUAUGGCUGAUUUUUCACACGAUAAUUCGCACAUUUCUCAAUCACCCGAAGCAUCUACUUCUCAAUCCUUGUUCCAUUCACCCAUCAUCACAUCAACUGUGUCUUCAAUCACAAGAUCGCUGCUAUCUCCUGCAAUCAACUCCAACUACUUCAAUACAAAUGACAAUGAAAGCUUGUUGCAAUCGCCGUUUCCAAAUAGCCCAGAAUAUCCGCCCUCGACUGAAUUGGGUAUUCCACGUCCAUCUGAUUCAAUCUAUUUCAUGCACAACAACAAUAUAGAAAACAAAAUGGCUGCUAGAAGCAGUAGUAGCAGUCAUUUUUUGUUUGGAUCUCCUUCUCGUGAUGAUGGAUCGUUUCAUUCAAGACGUCCUUCGGUGCCUAUUGAUCUGUACAAUGAUCCUAAUUUUGAUAUAUUUGAUGCAUCUAUGGCUACUCCUAACAGUUUUUCACACAAUACUACCACCAAUAGUAUGUAUAUACAUGGAUCGUUUGCAAGUGCACGUUCUAUGGAAUUUCCUGAUUAUGGUGGAACACGGACUAGUGCAGACUCAUUACUCAGCAAUAGUUUCGAUGGUAAUCGCAUGUACAAGACUGAACCAGAAGAAUUGCAUCAAUCAGAUAGUCAAGAAACAAUUGAUUCUCGAUAUUUACGCCAGGGAUCGUUUUUACGCAGGAAUACAGUCAAUUCUACAGUCAAUACUCAUGGUCGACCAUGUCCAUCAGUUCUUACAUCUACGAUUGAUUUAUGUAACACCAUCAUGGGAACCGGACUAAUGAGCAUUCCAUAUGCUUUUGCCACGGUUGGUAUUGGCUAUGGAUCGUUUUUAAUUUUGUGCUCAGCUGCCGCGACAUGGUUUUCUGUUCGACUGUUGAUCUCAUCUGCACAGUUGGCAUAUGGAACUGGUACUGGCCGUAUUCCUCAACAAACAUCGCUAUUUAUUCAAGAAGGUGAGCCAUCAUAUGGUGCAUUGGCUAGGACAGCCAUGGGUCGUCAAGGAGCAAU